AGUAUGUUCUGAAGCAGGCUGCCUUUUAAAGUAUCUCCAUCCUGUGAAGGGCCAAGCUGUAAAGAUGCUGCACAUGACAGAUGUUUUGGAUAUCUUGAAGAAUCCCCAGCUCUUCCGUCUACAUGAUCAAGAAGAGAAUCCAGAAACCAUCCCCAUAAGAAAGCCAGGGGCUCUGAAAGUUUCUCAUCAGACGUUUAGGGAUUUUCAGUAUCUUUCAGUGACCGGGCCUCACCAAGCUGUGAGCCAGAUCCAGGAGCUCUGCUGGCAAUGGCUGCAGCCGGAGACCCACACCAAGGAGCAGAUGAUGGAGCAACUGGUGCUGGAGCAGUUUCUGAACACCCUACCAGAGGAGGUUCGGACCUGGGUGAGGUCAAAAAAGCCUAAGAACAGCAAGGAGGCGGGAACCCUGGUGGCCAGUUGGAUCCAAGCAUGUGAGGAGAAAGGUUUCCCUCCUCAGGACUUUGUCAUUGCAGAAGAGAGGAACACCAACGAACUCCAAAAGGACACAGAGAUGUCUGACAAUCCCUCAUCUGCUGGAUCCCAGGAGUUGGUGACUUUCAAGGAUGUGGUUGUGGACUUCAGUCCGGAGGAAUUAACCUACCUUAGUGCUGCUCAGAGGAACCUCUACCGGGAGGUGAUGCUGGAGAAUUACAGGAACCUGGUCUCCUUAGGGUACCAGUUCCCUAAACCCGACAUUAUCUCACAGCUGGAAGAGGAAGAGUCACGUGUGAGGGAGGAAGACAGCAAUACAGAGAUAUGUCAAGGAGAAUCUUCUCCUGAUGAUCCAUCAGAUUUGUACCAGGUCAACCAAGAGAAACCUUUGAGUCCUGUAACAAUGACUGAGCCCAAGACCCCCACUCAAGAAAGAAGCCAUGACCGUGAUGAUUUUGAGAGGAGCUCAUAUCUUACUAAGCAAUCGGAAGGGCCUCCAGGAAAGGAUCCCCAGGAAUGUGCUACUCCUGGAAUUUGCACCAGUCCCCAGCCGGUGGAUGACAAGCCUUUCCUCCAAGAGAACAGAUGUGGAUUUUGUGAAAGAACUUUUAUUACCCAGACAGCGCGUGAGAGACAUGAGCAGAUCCAUACUGGGAAGAAACCCUUUGAAUGUAAACGAUGUGGAGAAGCCUUCUACCUCAUGCCACACCUCACCAGACAUCAGAGGACUCACCGGAAUGGUGAGACGUCCUCUGGAUGCAACGAAGGUGGAAAGUCUUUCAUCCAGCAUGCAAAUAUCAGUGGCCGUGUAAGAAUUCAUAGGCAGGAAGACUACUAUGAAUGUUCCCAGUGUGGCAGAGCCUUUAUCCAGGAUGUGCAUCUUUUCCAACAUCUCAAAGCCCACGAGGCAGCAAAAGCCCUUCCCCCUGGGUUGCCCCGCAUUAAGACGUAUUUAAUUCGGUAUCAGCGGAAACAUGACUAUGUGGGAGAGAGAGCCUGUCAGUGUUGUGACUGUGGCAGAGCCUUCAGUCGGACUUCACAUCUCAUUCAGCACUACCGAAUUCAUGCUCAAGAGAGACCUUACCAGUGUCAGCUGUGUGGGAAGUGUUUCAGCCGACCCUCCCACCUCACCCGCCAUUAUCAACUCCAUUCUCAAGAGAAACCUGACGAGUGCAAUCAUUACUAAAAACCUCCAGUCAGAGAACAUUCUCAACAUCUUUGGCUCCAUCCUGGGGAGAGACCCUCUGAGUGCUCUGAAUGCGAGAAUACCGUCCUCCAGCUCUCACAACUUAAUGACUUGAAAACUCAUCAUGAUGUGAUAAAAAAAAAUGGCGAAUGGUUGCAAGGGUAUAGAACAGCUUUUUGCAAAAGAAGAUCCAGCACACGUAUCAGUAGUCACACAGCUGAAAAUCCUUACAAAGAAUAUUUUUGUUGCAUAGGAAAGAAGUUAAUAGAUUAUGCCUUUCUUUUGGUGGUAUUCGUGGAAUGGAAAACUUUCAUUUUGACACCCUGACAAAAAUUUUGUGACUGGCCGUUGGACUCCAGACAGGCAGUCUGUUCCCAAGGUUUUCUAGGAGUGUUUACGUACAGUAUCUUCACCAUGUGGGAUGUGUCAACACAGAGCGUGGUAGAAAGAUUUUCAAGGUGUGCUUAUAUUGAUUCGUCCACAAGGCUGAUGUACCUGGCAAUGUGUUUACGUCACACCUCAUAAUUCACAAAACAUUGUCAUGUAUAUUAUUUUAUUUGAUCUUUUAAGGAAUGCUGCAGUGUACCUAGUGGGCAUAUUUAUUCUAUUUUUACAGGCAAGGCGA